GGCGGCCGGCGGCGACCACGAAACCGAGAGCACCAGCGACAAAGAAACAGAUAUUGAUGACAGAUAUGGAGAUUUGGAUUCCAGAACAGAUUCUGAUAUUCCAGACAUCCCACCAUCCUCAGAUAGAACCCCUGAGAUUCUCAAGAAAGCUCUAUCUGGGUUAUCUUCAAGGUGGAAAAACUGGUGGAUUCGUGGAAUUCUCACUCUAACUAUGAUUUCGUUGUUCUUCCUGAUCAUCUAUAUGGGGUCCUUCAUGCUGAUGCUUUUAGUUCUGAGCAUCCAAGUGAAAUGCUUCCAUGAAAUUAUCACUAUAGGUUACAGAGUCUAUCGUUCUUACGAUCUACCCUGGUUUAGAACACUGAGCUGGUACUUUCUACUGUGUGUAAACUACUUUUUCUAUGGAGAAACUGUCGCUGAUUAUUUUGCUACAUUUGUUCAAAGAGAAGAACAACUUCAGUUCCUCAUCCGCUAUCACAGAUUUAUAUCAUUUGCCCUCUACCUGGCAGGUUUCUGCAUGUUUGUGCUGAGCUUGGUGAAGAAACACUAUCGUCUGCAGUUUUACAUGUUCGCAUGGACUCAUGUCACUUUACUGAUAACCGUUACUCAGUCCCACCUUGUCAUCCAAAAUCUGUUUGAAGGCAUGAUAUGGUUCCUUGUUCCAAUAUCAAGUGUUAUCUGCAAUGACAUAACUGCUUACCUUUUUGGAUUUUUUUUUGGGAGAACUCCAUUAAUUAAGCUGUCUCCUAAAAAGACCUGGGAAGGAUUCAUCGGCGGUUUCUUUUCCACAGUCGUGUUUGGAUUCACUGCUGCCUAUGUGUUGUCCAAAUACCAGUACUUUGUCUGCCCAGUGGAAUACCGGAGCGAUGUCAACUCCUUUGUCACAGAAUGUGAACCGUCCGAGCUUUUCCAGCUUCAGAGUUAUCCACUUCCACCCUUUCUAAAGGCAGUGUUGAGACGGGAAACAGUGAGCUUGUAUCCCUUCCAGAUACACAGCAUUGCGCUUUCAACAUUCGCGUCUUUAAUUGGCCCAUUUGGAGGCUUCUUUGCCAGUGGAUUCAAAAGAGCUUUCAAAAUCAAGGAUUUUGCAAACACCAUUCCUGGACACGGUGGGAUAAUGGACAGAUUCGACUGUCAGUAUUUGAUGGCAACUUUCGUGCACGUGUACAUCACAAGUUUCAUAAGGGGUCCGAAUCCCAGCAAAGUGCUACAGCAGCUGUUGGUGCUCCAGCCAGAACAGCAGCUGAAUAUAUAUAAAACCCUGAAGACUCAUCUGAUUGAGAAAGGGAUCCUCCAGCCCACCUUGAAGGUGUAACUGGAUCUCGAGAGGGAAGAGCUGCCACACGGGAGCCCUGCAGGGAAGCACUGAUGGAUGACAGUUUGUGAUUGUCCAGAAAAACGGUUGCAAAUGUAAUAGAAAUUUUUACAGACAUGAAUGUUUCUCUCUGAAAUUACUGUGAAUAUUUAACACACACUUACUUGAUCUAAGUUAUGAGAUAAGUAGCAAAUCGCCAGCAGAAUAUCUUGUACUUUUUCUAAAGUGUAUUUUCUGAUGUGAACUUCCUUCCUCUUAAUUGCUAGAUUUCGUGAUUUAAAAGACUUGUGUUUUAAAGAGUCAAGCCCUAUAAAAUGAAUAAGUUGAGGAUGUCUUAAAAUUGCACCUGGCAGUGUGCCCUUUUGCACAAAUAUUUACUUUUGUACUUGGAGCAGGCUCUUAAUUUUAGCAAAAUGUUUUAUGCAAGGCACAGCAGGAAGUGGGUUCUCCUGAACUUCCUCCUCACAUUAUCUGAAGUAUUUUCUAAAGGGCUUAGUCAGAU